CGGCUGUACAAAAGCACUCAUUGUUCGUCGUGUCAGUCAACGAUGGGACUCGAUGACAGACAGACACAUCGAAUACUGACUGUACGUCACACGCACACAAAAACGACUGCAACUAAAGACUAAAGGGAGGGAGGGAGAGAGGGAGGGAGAAAGGAGAAAGGCACAACACAGCACAGCAAACGUGCGCCGGCCCAUAUGGAUGGAUGGAUGGAUCAAUACUGCUCCUUGAUGACAUGUACUCUGGCUGCCCCACUGAUGCAUGCUGGCCGACACGCAUCACAUGCACACGAAAGUACGAAGGAAGGGGUGCAGGAGCACACGAUUACACAACACACCCACACAGCAUGCCCGCCCGUAUGCAAGCAUGACAGCAUGCCCGCCCGUAUGCAAGCAUGCAAUCAUAUCGGUGAAUGCCACUGAUUUCUCUCUCUGUGUGUUUGCGAGCCAUCCAGGACGAAUCUUCGCUGACGUAACAACACGUCAGCAAAUACGCGUUCAUGGUGUCUCUCCUACACACAGGAGAAACAAUCAUCCCACCGACGACCAAUCGAAGCAAUUAAGUGCUGCCUGUCUGGUUGCCGUGUCUGUCUGUCUGUCUGUUCUACUCUACCUCUCGGUGUGGUCGUUCGCUGCACGUACGUACGUUCCGAGCUGCCUGCUGGUGGACUGGACUCCACCCCGAUGGAAGCUCUCCUCCCAACGGCACACUGUGACUCCACUUGCAGUGUGUAUGCAAGCAAGGUCGCACUACGCCGUCCAGAAGUCAGCAUCCAUCAGGGUGGGAGCAAAACCACCGAAAACGCAGAAUGUCCCUCUCGACGGCAAAUCAACCACACGCCACGCAAGGAUGUCCACAAGACACGAUGAGCGCAUGUAUGUAGCAAAAUCAUCCUUCAGUCAGUCAGUCAGUCACUCAAUUCUGCUCCUGUGCGGUGCGGUCUUCGCCCACCUCCCCACCACCGCCACCGCCCCCGCCCCCUUCAUGCCCCUCAUGCUCCUCGGCCACUCGCGGCGUCCCGCUAACAGACGUCUCCCUUGUUCUCGGCUGGUGCUCCUUGCCCACGCCGCCCGCUUCAAUGCCAACACCACCAGUGGCACCGCCCUUGGUCGCCGCACUGGUAGAGUCCUGCGACAGCGCCGCUGCGCGCGAUGACGACACGUUGGGCGCAGACGAGGAAGGGGGCGACACCGACGAGUCGGGGGACAGGGCCCUGCUGGGCGAGAGUGCUGGAGGGGUGGGAGGUGGCGUGGAUGUGGGUCGGGGAGGGGGCGGUGCCUUCCUUCUCAGGGCGCGUUCGUAUCGGUGUCGGUCUGAGAUGCGGUCCUUGGCCUCUUGGGCGGCUCGCACGCGGCCCUCCGUGAGCAGUAGCAGGUCUUCGCGCAGGGUGGAGUCGGACUGCAGGAGGGCCUCGUCGGCCACCGGCAGCAGGGGGUAGUUGGGCGUCGUGCGGAUGUCCCAAUAACGCACAUUGUCGAAAUCGAGGUAGCCCAGCCACGUACUGAGACCAAACACAGGCACAGGCAGACACGUGUGUUGGUGUUGCUGCGGGCGGGGGGCCAGGGGGCAGGUUUGGGUGUGUGUGUGGGUUUGUGCCCACCCGUUGACUCUGCUGAGUAUGUCGCCGUAGCUGUCUUUGAUGGUGCCCUCGAAGUAGUCGGUGGGCUUCCCCCGGACACUGCCAAACACAUACUCACACGAGUUGCCUACACACAUACACACACACACACGCAGACAGACAGACAGACAGACGAGAUCGAUGCACAUGAAGCAUGCAGGUCGAUUUACCUACCCAGUGAGUCCUCCACACGCAUCCUUCCGAGGAUCUCGUGGCGACACACAGGGCCGUACAGAGUGCCUGAGUGCCACACCACAUGCGUUGAAAAGCGAGCCGUUGCACACACCCACCAAUACAUGGAUGGAUGGCUACCCCUUGUGUGUAUUUCACCUACCUGUCCAGACGUCCCUGGGCAGUUUGGUCAUGGUGACGGUGUGCCCGUCGGUGAAGUCGACGAACCGCUUCCCCGAGUUGUACAGGUGCAUCUGGUUCAGAAUGGCGUAGGCGCUGAAGAUCGAGUACCCCCAAAACAGAAAACGGUCCUCCGCACCCACAAUCUGACAAAGGCACAUGGACAGAUGGAUGGAUGGAUGGAAGCGUCAAAUGUGCCUGUGGCUACUCACCUGCCAGUGGGUCGUUUGGGGCACGUGCGCUGUCUGCUCUGAGUAGAUGCGGGUGCCGUCUGCAGGCGGCAGAGAGACACAGUGACAAGCACAGCCACGUGCAUGACGCCGCCAACAUACACAGCGGCACAACACACACAUACCUGGGAGGAAGGCCUGGUAGGUCUCCCCGAGAGUGGGGUUGAUCUGACCAUUACCAACACAGACCACAGACCACACACAGACAUGAGAGCGGUGUCUACGCGUGUGCGCCACGCCAUCGAUGAUCACGCCGACUCACACACCGGUUUGAGGAAGUCUGAAGUGACGUGCAGUGAGGCAAUGUACAUGGCGACCACCAGCUUGAGCCGCUCAAUGGGGUUGCGACUCGCGGCAGCUCGACGCAGAUACAAUGGCACGUACGCUGCACGGUGAGGGACAGCCAGACACACACACACACACAUACAUACACACACGAGUUAACCUAACGCCCACACAGCCCACCCACCGAGCACACAGCGUGGAGCUGUGUCGGUCGCUUACUGCAUGCGAGGGUGGUGGUUUGGAGUGAGGAUCCGGGCUUGCUGCAGCGAAUGGGGAACGAUAUCCGAGUCAGGUUGAAGUUGCCUGCAGAGGGAGGGAAGCAAUGGGGGGACAGACAAAAGGCAGCAAGAUGUCAUCCGUGAGCCGCUUGAUGAAAGGUCGAAUGGAAAGCAAUGCAUACCCGAGAGAAUCUGCCGCCCAAUCCACUUGAGCACUUCCUGCAUCGACACACACACACACACGAGCACACUUCCCAUCUCCUCUCAACUCAUCUGCACCGAGCUGACCUUGGCCACAGACCGCACCAGCACAAAGGUGUCUCGAUCGGCCAGCAGCAGACCCCCCUUGGCGUCGGUGGUGACGUCACAGCAGGCGGGGCAUUUGCGCGACCUGAGCCGCACGGUGCGGCCCGAUGCGGGCCCCACCGAUGUGGCUGUUGCGAUGCGGAAGUCGUCACGGGAGAAGGGAUGCACCCACUCGUCCACCUCCUGAUCACAGUGACAGAGAGUGACAGCCUGAGUGUGCGUGUGUGUCUGUGUGUGUUGGUAGGUUGGUAGGUUGCCUUGAGUAUUCCUUCGGGGUGCGCCUCGUCCCUCGAGAAGCACAGACUCUCACGCGCACGACGCACCACCUGGUUGUCAACACACAGCACAGUACUGCUUGACAGGUGUCAUCACAUCAAUCCCCUCAUAUAUUUCAGUGCGUAGGCCGACCGAUUUGGCGUCGCAUUCGAAUUCCGAGUCGUUGAUCAUGGCGUCCAUCAGGCCCUCGCUCAUGGGAUCUGCCGCAUAGACACACACCACACACGGCAGACGUCAAUAUGUGCACUGGUGCAUGUGUUGUGUCGGUGUCGGUGAGCGGCUCACCUCCCCUCUCGAGGUAAGUGGCGGUGAUUGAUGUGUCGGAAUCGUCCUGUGUGGGCAAGGCACGACAAACAAGAAUCGCACACAGGCACACAUCAGACAGACGCUGGAUGAGCCUCUGCGUGUGUGGCGGGGGAUGGGCGGUGGGCGAUUUACCCCGUCCGAGUCGAUGUCGAAGAAAUCGGGGUUUGCGGACAGCUGUGUGUCUAGUAUGCGGUUGAUGGACGCCUGCACCUCCGGCAGUCCCUUGGUCUGGUCAAGCAGCGCCCUCAAACUCACCGUCAACCUAAAGACAUGUAGACAGACACCAGACACACCAGGUGUGUGGGAUCGCUGCCACCCGUUCCGUUCCCCGCGCCGCGCCCUUUCCCUCAUUAUAUCUGCGUACGUACGCCUUUUGUAGCCUCGUUUGCGCACUCACCGCGCCAACGCCCCCGCCAUCCGCUAUAUGAGGUCACACACAGGCAAGGCAACCACUGAGCAUCUUUUGACCCUCAACACACCCCGCCCACCGACCCACCUGGUGCAUUUGACACGUUCCUCCGGUGCCUCCUCUCGCUCCGCCGCUCCCUCGCUUCACCACCCACACGCAGUCCUCCACCCCCUGCCGCCGUUGUUGUCGGCUCGGGUGAGGGUGACUCGUCCAUUGACGCCUCGACAGGCUGAUGACCCGCAUCAGUCACCACCGAGAUCACUCCACCUGGAGAGAGGGAGCGUCCGCACAUCCAUCCAUCCAUCCAUCCAUUCGUGUGGAUGGAUGUGUUUGGCUUGCGUGCUGCGGGCGGCUGGCUCACCUCUAUCGGCGAUUUGUGUUGGGAGUGUUGCCGAUGGGGGAUGGGAGGUGUGUUGGUGCGGUGGGGGAGGAGGGGGUGGGUAGAGGACGGCCAUGAUGGUCCGGGGGGUCUCUAUCAGCCCACGGGAGGUCUCGGUCACCAAGUCAAGCACACCUGACCAACACACACAGACACACAUGGCAGAUGGGAUGUGUGUGUGCGUGCAUCUGUUUGCGGCUGACAUACCUACCAGCAAUAGGUUUGCAGACGAGGUAUGCGAUGCCUUUUACGAUGGCCAGCGGCAGCCUCUCCAGCCCGCCGCCCUUCUGCAGCUCCUGCAGCGGACACGUCAAUGGGCCCAACACACCACCUGGCACAGCACACACCACACACAAGUGUGCAAGUCGAUCAGCCAGCCAGGGAGGGUGGAUGUUUGUGUGGAUGAACGAACGUACCGAGCACUUCAGCAGUGAACAGUAUGAGUCCCCGGACCAGCCCCUGUGUGACGUCAGACGGGCGGCUGGAGCGGUCGCGAUACGACUCAUACGGCGGGUCAUCAGGCCUCCUAAACACACACACACACACGCACACACGCACACACAGACAAAACACAACACAAGGGAACAAUUCUCAUACAUCACUUUUCCUGCCUGCCUGUGUGGCGGGCGUCUCUGCCUGUACUUGCCUGAAGACGACGACUGGGCCGUCUCUGAGCAUGUCGCUGAGGUUCUCCAAGCCCCAAAGAACCCUCUCCACAAGGGAGGCCACCAAACCCACCACCCACACCAACACUGACCCAUCCACAUCUGACAGACACAAUCACACAACCACACAACCACCCACAGUCCAGCCACCACACCACACGGUGCUCAAGGCCACACACCACAACUAGCGGCUGGUGGGUGGAUCUUUCUCACCCUGUCUGAUGGAAGGAGAACGAUUGCUCCUGGGCGGUGCGAUGAUGGCCGGCCGUGUCCGUGUGCGGCUUGAGGAGGUUGUGGGCGGGGCAGCGGCAGCGGAGGGCAUGGCGUGUGUGAACGCCUGGUAAAGGUCGUGGUACUCCCUCUUGGUGCCCGCCGUCACCUGGUAGACCUCACCACGCUCCCCGUGGACGCGGAACGAGAACGCAUCCUGACACGCUGACACACACACAGACACACACACACAUGACAUGCAUAUGCAGCCUGCACUGAGGAAGGGAGACCGACGGACGCGUGGGCGCGUGGGUGUGCUUACAUGUCCACUCCGCGGGUGCCAGAGGCGCGACCUUCUGGAUCCUGAUCUCACGAAGGACCCGGGAAGACGGCCGCUGCAUUGAGAUAGACAGACAGGCAGACAGACAGGCGAGCAGAUCUGUCAACAAACCGGCAUGCACCUCCAGUGCACUCACCGCAGCCCACCUGGUGAGUGGUCAUCUUCCCACGUUGCACAUCGAGAGUGAAGAAGAGCUGUUUCAGGACGGGCCCCUCGUCCGUCGGCCCCUCCACCACUCGCCAGAUCCGCCCCUCCCUGCUGCCGCCGCUGACACUGCUACUGUGGCCAUUGCUGUUGGUGUUGCCUCGGAUCUGUGCCGGCACUCCGACGCCGUUGUCCUCUCGCGGCGACACCGAGGGGUCUUCGAACUGCUGGUACUCCCGCAUGCCGCCUGCCACGCCGCCCUUGGUCAUCAUCAUUGCCGGCCCCUCCUCGCAAGAGAUGCAUUCACCCAUAUACAAUGAUGAUACCCUGGCGACGUCAAGGCUGGUGCCUGGUGUGGCCCUGGCAACGGCGGAAGGAGAGAU